AUGGUGCUACAAGAAGAGAGCAAUUCAUCCCCAUUCAUGGCUGACUCUGGCCUGGAAAAAAAGCUCCCCGGCAAUAUGCACGAAUCCUCAGAAGACAUUGAAAGUGUUCCAAUCUCAAAACAUGAAAAGCCUUUCUCGAUAUUGUCCGCGAUAGGAUUGGGCUACUCGAUCACAAACACUUCAACCGGCCUGAUUCUUACAUUCGGUACCACUUUACCAUUUGGAGGAUCACCCCUGUUCUUCUUUGGCUUCCUAGUUAUGACUGCAAUCGCCUUCUGCAUUGCCCUGUCUCUGGGCGAAAUGUCAUCCGCAUGGCCACACUCUGGAGGACAAUACUUUUGGACGUCUCGUCUAGCACCGGAAAAAGGCCGACGCUUUUUAUCAUAUGUCACAGCAAUCAUAUCAUGGACCUCGGUGAUAUGUAUUAGUGUGUCGUGCGCAUUGAUUGCGGCUGAAUUAUGGCUUAGCAUUAUAUCCUUUGUGGUGCCGCUCGAUGUCAAACCGUGGAUGACAUUCCUUGUCUAUCAGGCAGUGAAUAUUGGCAUAUUUGGCUUCAACUGUUUCGAAUCACUUUUGGCUAUCAUGGGCCGGUUUUUAAUGGGACUUACUAUCGUGACCUCGGUUGUCGUCUUCAUUGCAUUGUUUGCCGCCGGAGGACCGAUCGUCUCUGCUUCCGAAUUUUUCACAGACUUCACCAACACCUCCGGAUGGCCAGAUGGUAUUGCCUUUUUUAUAGGCAUCAAUGGAAUCAAUUGGUGUUUUUCCUGUCUGGAUGCUGCGACACAUCUAGCCGACGAAAUUCCCAAUCCCGCGAAAAAUAUUCCACGAUGUUUGAUGUGGACUGUCGGGAUCAGUGCAGUGAGCGGCAUGCCUGUGAUCCUGGCAAUGUUCCUCACCCUCAAUAAAGUCACCGAUACGGAUUCCCUCAGUCUUUUCUAUAACGUCCUUCAUCAGAAUACUAGGGCCGCAAUAGCUAUCCAAUCACUUGUUUUGGCGUCGGCAAUGAGCUCCCUUGUUGGAAUCCAUACUUGGCAAGCUCGUAUUGCAUGGGCAUUAGGUCGUGAUAAAGGCCUACCGUUCCACAAGUUCCUGAGCAAAGUUGCUCCAGCACCGUUCUCUGCUCCACUUUGGGCCCAUUUAUGGUCCGCCAGCUUUACUGCGCUGUGUGGCUGCAUCUAUCUUGGCUCUCGAACUGCAUUUAGCUCAUUUAUUGCCGCUGGAAUCAUUCUGCAGUAUGCCACAUAUUGCCUUCCAAUAGCUUUGAUGUGGUGGCGAGGGAGAGCAACAAUCAAGCAUGGACCAUUUUGGUUCCCUCGACUGGGACCGGUCGCGAACGCCGUGACAUUUACAUGGUUUGCAAUUAUUCUGGUCGUUUAUUGCCUCCCAUUCUACCUACCAGUUGUUGCAAAUGAGAUGAAUUAUGUAUCAGCCGUCCUGGUUGUUAUUUUUGGCUGGGCAUUAUUGUACUGGGUCCUGUAUGGACGAAAGAACUACAAGUGUGACUGA